AUGCAUCUUGUUUCAUAUGAGCCUACACAUCAUACCUCCACUUCAUCUACUUGGCUUGAUCUGUGUUUUGUUGAUGAGUGCAACAAAUUGAUUUCCUCUCAUCAGGAAUCCGUUGACUUCCUCUCAUAUCACGAUCUAAUUGAUAUCACUUACAAUAUUUCAGUCACACGAUGUAUUCCAGUAACUAUAACCGUCAGAGACUAUAGCACAUUCGACGCCACAGCUUUCUUGAAUGAAGUUGCAAAUCAAGACUGGGAUGCGCUUCUUCAAUUGAGCAAUCUCGAUGAUAAAGUUACACUUUUUAAUACUUAUCUUCUGCAGUGCUUUGACAAAAAUGCACCACUUAAAACAAUUCAAUUUAAACUAUUACCUGCGCCUUGGAUUACAUCGGAUAUUAAACUGCAAAUGGUUGAGAGAGACAGAUUUCGUAGAAGAUGGAGACGGCACAGAACUGAGGUUAAUUAUCACUCUUAUAAAGUCUUGAGAAAUACAAUCAAGGAAUUGGUGCGUGUUGCUAAGGAGGAAUAUUAUUUGAAAACGUUCUCAAACCUUAAAAAACCUGCUGAUACAUGGAAGAAGCUACGCCAACUUGGUCUCAUCAAAACACGCUCUAGCGACAAAAAGCUACCUUUUACUGUUGACGAAUUCAAUAAUUACUUUGUGUCGCAUGUUUCAUCUGACCAUACAGUGACUGAUAUUUAUCUCGGUAAUCCNGUAUAUGAAGAUACAAAAUUCUAUUGGGCCAAUAUAGAAAUCUGUAAAGUGAAGGAUGCUUUUUCACGUAUUACAUCUAAGUUCGUGGGUUAUGAUGAAAUAUCACUGGAUCUCAUUGGCUUUGCACUGUCUUGCGUUCUUCCAAUAAUAACACAUAUUUACAAUUUUAGUCUAAUGAAUGGAACUUUCCCAGCAGUGUGGAAAACAGCAAUUGUCUGUCCUUUACCUAAAAUUAAAUUACCUUCUGAACUGAAGCACUUUAGACCUAUCUCUGUCACCUGUGUGCUUUCAAAAAUGUUUGAGCACAUUGUUGCGGAGCAGAUGACUGACUAUCUUGAAACUAGAAAACUUCUUGAUNCAUUUCAAAAUGCUUACAGAAAGGACUAUUCAACUCAAACGGCUCUAAUUAGGAUUAUGGAUGAUAUCAGACUAGCUGCUGAUUCCAGAAAGAUCACUAUAUCGGUGUUCUUCGAUUUUUCCAAAGCAUUUGACAACGUAAUUUAUCAGCGGCUAAUUAAUAAACUUCGACCAAUGGACUUCUCCAAUUCUACGCUCAGAUGGAUUUGUUCUUAUCUUCACAAUUGUACACAAGCGGUGCGGGACGUUUCUACUAGAACCGUUUCGGAAAGGUUGUGA